GUGACUCUUCGUAACCCUCCCCUAGCCUUUCUUCGUAGUUGGGGGUGGCUGGUGCAAUUCCAGAUUCUCCUCUUCCUCACCCUGAACUUGUUGGGCUGUGAAGAAUCUAUCGGAGCUGUUGUAUGUAUGGCUGUCACUUGGAUCGUAGUUGGUCCUUCAAUGCGGAUCGUUGGACACGAGGGCCCCAGCCCACACGGCGAGGGUCCGGCAUUAAUUGUGGCAGCCAUCCUUUUUCUAUCAUCUCUUCUUUCCGAUCGAUCUGCCUGAUUUAAGACGUCCUUGCUGGAACGCUCCCGCCCAAUUUUUGGUUGUACAAGCCGCUCGCCCAUGGUACCAGCGGCCGUCACUGAUUAUCCAAAUGCUUCUUAUCAUGUGAAUGCUCAUUCGGGAAGGGAUGACUUGCCGCUGAGAUCGAAUGCUACUGCAGAUUGUUUGCAUUCCGGUCCGUCUCAGUUUUCGAUUACUCUUUCAUCUUUGGCGAUGGAUGGCUUUGUAUUGUGGCGUCGGGGCCAUUAUCACUUUGAUAAAAACGUUCCGUCUCGUCUCAGUGCGAUGUCCGUGUUUGUGUCUCGUUCUGCAGAUCGUCUUCCGGGAACUUCGCCUCCAACUUUCCUUGUGAGACACCCAGCAGUGGUUACUCUGCUUCUAUCCAACUACAUCUCCGGUCCGGUCAGCUGCCCUCUCGUUCCUCGUUCUUCUUCAGGGGCCUGCGAUCGGAAGGUUAAUGUUAAUCGCCUUGAGUCCCUGCAUCAUCUGUUUUCCCUUUUCACAUCAUAUCGAGACUCCGCAUUGUUCGUCAUCUCGCGUUCAUCUGCAGACCUCUCGGACGAUUUCCCCCUUCUCCGAUCGCAAAUUUUACCAGGAAUACCCCUUCCGAUCAUUCUGCUCUGUUCUGCUGCAUGGUGUUAAUAUGUGGUUCGUCAAAUUUGAAGUGAAAUUCAUUUGGUUGGUAAAAUUUAGGGUCACAUUCAAAAGUCUUUCCCCUCGCGUUCUGUUGCUCACAUUGCUCGUUUCCAAGUGUUCUCUUAGUUAC